GCGCUGAUUUUUUUUUACCCUUGAGUUGAUGACGCUGGGGGCGCUAGCGUUACUUUCAGACUCCUACCCGGACUUACCCGCGCAGCUCGCGUUAAAGGAGAAAUACGACAAACUCGAGAGUUUACCGUUCGCAGCAACCAUGAGUUUAGACGUGAAAAAACUGAAAGUGAAUGAGUUAAAGGAGGAGCUUCAGCGCCGCGGCCUCGACACCAGAGGCCUGAAGGCGGACCUGAUGGAGAGGCUGAAAGCCGCCUUGGAGGCUGAGGCAGAGGAGGAGACCUCGGAGCAAACGGGUCAGGAGGAAUACGACGAGGAAAACCCAGAGGAGGAGGAGGAGGAAGCUCCAGAUCAACAAGAAGAUCAAGACUUCGUAGGCGAUGACGGGGAUGAAGCUGGCGACGGGGAUGAAGCUGGCGACGGGGAUGAUGCUGGCGACGGGGAUAACCCUCAAGAGGAAGACGAGGGCAGAGAUUCGGGUGGCUACUAUGAGGAAGAGGAGGCAGAAGCAGAGCCGUACGAAAGUCAGCAAACUUCAGACUCCGGUCACGGAGAGAUGCAGAGAUUGAGCGCCGUGUCCGUAGAGGAGAGCAAGCCGGAAACAAACAUCGAGGACAACGCACAAGAAAUUAAAACAGAAAUCAAAAUAGAAGACGAGGCUGAGCCAGUUGGAGCCGAACAGCAGGAGGCGCAGGAAGCAGAACAGCAAAGCCAGGCCGAAGUCAAAACGGAGGACAGCAAAGGCGGGAACAGCCGGAAGAGGCCGCACGAGGAGAACAGGAGCUACGGCUACUACGAGCACCGCGAGGAGAAGAGAUCUCGCACACCGCAGCCUCCUGCUGAAGACGAAGAGGAGAGCGUCGAUGACUCCAUGGUGACAAUUGAUACAUAUAACUGUGACCUGCACUUCAAGGUGUCCAGGGAUCGGUACAGCGGUUAUCCUCUGACCAUCGAAGGGUUCGCCUACCUGUGGGCCGGCGCCCGAGCGACCCACGGGGUCACUCGGGGUCGGGUUUGCUACGAGAUGAAGAUUAACGAGGAAAUUCCUGUGAAGCACCUGCCCAGCAGCGAGCCCGACCCACAUGUGGUCCGGAUCGGAUGGUCCCUCAACAACUGCAGCACUCAGCUUGGCGAGGAGCCGUUUUCUUUCGGAUAUGGAGGAACAGGGAAGAAAUCUAGUGACUGCAAGUUUGCAGACUACGGCGAGAAGUUUGGUGAAAACGAUGUAAUCGGCUGCUACAUUGAUUUUGAAAGUGGCGACGAUGUAAUGAUGGGCUUCUUGAAGAACGGCGUGAACCUGGGCAUUGCUUUCCGGACCACCAAGGAGGCGCUGGCAGGACGCGCGCUCUUCCCCCACGUGCUGGUGAAGAACUGCGCCGUCGAGUUCAACUUUGGCCAGAAGAGGGAGCCCUACUUCCCCCCGGAGGAGGGGUACACCUUCUUCCACGAUCUUCCCAUGGAGGACAAAAUCAGAGGCACAAAGGGACCUGCCAACAAAUCUGAAUGCGAGAUUUUGAUGAUGGUUGGUCUGCCUGCCUGUGGAAAAACCACGUGGGCCAUAAAGCACGCCGAGGAGAAUCCAGACAAGAAGUACAACAUCCUGGGAACAAACGCCAUCAUGGACAAGAUGAAGGUGAUGGGUCUGCGGCGCCAGAGGAACUACGCCGGCCGCUGGGAUGUCCUCAUCCAGCAGGCCACCCAGUGUCUGAACCGGCUCAUCGAGAUCGCCGCCCGCAAGAGACGCAACUACAUCCUGGAUCAGACAAAUGUUUAUGGAUCAGCAAGGAGACGAAAAAUGCGUCCUUUUGAAGGUUUUCAACGCAAGGCUAUUGUAAUUUGUCCCACGGACGAGGAUUUUAAAGAACGAACAUUAAAGCAAACCAAUGAGCAGGGGAAGGAUGUGCCCGAUCAUGCUGUGUUAGAAAUGAAAGCCAACUUCACGCUGCCGGAGCCGUGCGACUUCCUGGAGGACGUGGCGUUCGUUGAGCUGCAGCGCGAAGACGCCGAGAAGCUGCUGAAGCAGUACAACGAGGAGGGCCGCAAGGCCGGCCCGCCGCCUGACAAACGCUUCGACAACAGGCAGGGCGGCUUCCGCGGACGCGGCGGCGGCGGCGGCAGCUACCAGCGCUACGACAACCGUGACGGGUUUCGUGGCAGCUACCAGAACCGCAGCGGAGAAGGAGGCAGCGGGUACAGAGGAGGUUACAACCGCGGCAACUACAGCCAGAACCGGUGGGGUAACAGUUACCGUGACGGCGGCUCGGACACACGCGGCAGCUACAACCGCAACCAGCAGUCGGGCGGAAGCUACAACCGCCCCGCUUCCUACAACAAGACAGGAUACAACCAGCAGGGCUACAGCCAGGGCUACAACCAGGGCUACAACCAGGGCAACUACAACCAGAACUACUACGGCAGCUACAGUCAGUACCCAGGAUACAGCCAGAGCUACAGCCAGACGCCCACCACCCCACAGACCUACAACCACCAGCAGCAGCAGCAGCUGCCGCCGGCGCAGCAGCCGCCAGCGCAGCAACAGCAGAGCUACAACCAGCAAUAUCAGCAGUACGCUCAGCAGUGGCAGCAGUACUACCAAAACCAGAACCAGUGGAACCAGUACUACAGCCAGUACGGCGGUUACCCUGGACAGGGCAGCCAAGGCUCGUCUUCUGGCUCCCAGUAGCUUCCUCCUGCAUCUCCUCCUCCUUCUUUCCCUAACACCUGUGACCUCUGACCUCUGCAGCUGAUCAUUAUUGUUUUUGUACAGUUUAAGUCACCAACUAUGGAUCCUGUCCGUCUUAACGCGCUAGCCUCCCAUUUCUCACGCGUUGUUAUCCAGUUCGAUGUGGGAUUAUUUUCACUAA